CAGAAGCUCAUGGAAAGCCCACAUUGCCCAACACAGCCAGAAGCGGCGCCGCACCACUCGUCCUCUCCAAAAUCUCCGCCGCCGCCGCCGACGUAAGAUGUCGUUCCGUGCGCGGGAGAUGUACAAGAAGGUGGUGCGGCGCGUGGGCGGCGAGGGGAAGCUGCCGGCGGAGCUGAUGCUGAUGGCGAACAUGCUGCCCGACAGCAAGGUCGUCAUGGGGAGGGCCAAGCGCGGCAUCUACGCCGGCCGCCACAUCCAGUUCGGCAACAAGGUCUCCGAGGACGGUGGCAACAAGUCAAGGCGAUCAUGGAAGCCAAAUGUUCAGGAGAAGCGUCUUUUUAGCUAUAUUCAUGACCGGCACAUCAGGGUCAAGGUAACCACCCAUGCACUCCGGUGCAUUGACAAAGCUGGUGGGAUAGACGAAUACCUCCUGAAGACACCUUACAACAAAAUGGAUACUGAGAUGGGGAUAGUCUGGAAGGCAAAGAUUGAGAAGAUGUAUUCACAGCUAGCUGAAAUGGAGGUAGGCUUCUUCCCUCCCGAGGAAGAGGCUGAGAUCGAACAGGGUUUUGAGGAGGUUCGAGCUGCCAAGAGAGAGCACCGCAGGGAAGCAAGAAGAGCUUUGGCUGCUUCUGAUGUUGCAGUGAAGUCCUAGCUUGGACCUGUCUGUUCGUCAUGAUUGGUAAAUGUGAUUAUAUAUCCUCUUUUUCAUAAAUCAGCAUCACUUGUGUGCAAUAUGUUGCACUCUAUUUGUUUGGCCAACAGGUCACUCUUUAAUAAAUCAACUUCUUUUGGAACCUUGGUGAUAA